CCUGAAAUCAGUACAAAUGGCUGACGACGGACCAGAAGAUAUUAGUUGUAUUGUUUUCUGUGUAUACAAAUACUUAUUGUCUUUAAUUCAUUCAAUAGUUUGUGGAAGAGUAUGUUGACGAUCAAUGAAAGUAAUUCCACGUGUGUUUCAAUUGAAAUCAGGUCAGAUACUUCUAGGACAGCUCUCGUAUCUUUGAAUACGUCCCAGUUCUAAGCUACCAGCAAACUGGCAGCACGCAAUGCAGCAUGAAAAGUGGUGCAGCAUUAGAUGUAAUGUGCCAUACUGCUAGAAGCAUGAGGCACUAGGUCUGAUAUCUGGCUCCUCGAGUCCAUAACAACAUAACAUUCAACAUGGGCAUGUGUUGUAGUCGCCCUGACACCACAGGACCAACAGUUUACCAUCCAGGAUACAAGAUACCAGAUGGAUCAGAUAACGGGACGCAAGGAAGUAAUGGUGAUCCUAGAUAUACACCUGACCCAAACAGGCCAGGUGGACAAGUCAAAAGGCCAGGAGCUGACAUCAUUCGCACACCAACUGCACCAUUAGCUAUUCCAAGAGCAAGGACUAGGAGCAGUUCUGAGUCAAGGUCACCUUCUUUCAGAGAUAAGGAGCACACAAAAGACCAUCCAGGUGCAUCAAGACGUAUUGUGGUUGCUGUCUAUGAUUAUCAGGCAAGAGAAGUAGCAGAUGUUUCAUUCAUGAAGGGGGAUCACAUGGAAGUUCUUGAUGACAGUGAGCCAGAUUGGUGGAAAGUCAGAAAUCUAAGGACUGGACAUGAAGGUUUAAUUCCAUGGAACUUUGUCGCCGAAGAGAAGUCAAUUGAAAGUGAAGAUUGGUUCUUUGGCAAAAUAUUGAGGAAGGAAGCAGAGAAACUUCUGAUGGAUGAUGACAAUAUUCGUGGAACAUUCCUUGUGCGCUACAGUGAACAUAAUCCUAAUGGAUUUUCAUUAAGUGUUAAAGAUUGGGAAGAAACCAGAGGUUAUCAUGUCAAACAUUAUAAAAUAAAACCACUGGACAAUGGCGGCUUUUAUAUAGCCACAAACCAGACAUUUCCAACUCUUCAGUCUCUGGUUAUGGCGUAUUCAAAAAAUGCCCUUGGUCUUUGUCAUGUGUUAGCAAAACCAUGUCCUAAACCAAGACCUCAAAUAUGGGAUUUAUCUCCAGACUUAAGGGACCAGUGGGAAAUUGAUCGAUCAGAAAUCCAGCUUAUUAAAAAGCUUGGACGUGGUAACUUUGGAGAAGUGUGGUAUGGUAAAUGGCGUAAUGCAAUUGAAGUUGCUGUGAAAACGUUGCGCCCAGGAACAAUGUCAACAGGUGCUUUUCUGCAAGAAGCUGCUAUAAUGAAGAAAUUUAGGCAUGAUCGUCUUGUGGCUUUAUAUGCAGUAUGUUCUCGUGAAGAACCUGUGUAUAUUGUACAGGAAUAUAUGUGCAAUGGAAGCCUCUUAGAUUUUCUUCGUAAUGGCCCAGGUAGAAAACUUCCAUUUGGUGAUCUUAUCUACAUAGCUGCACAGGUGGCAAGUGGAAUGAAGUACCUGGAAGCAAAACAGCUUAUUCACAGAGAUCUUGCUGCAAGAAAUGUUUUGAUAGGAGAAAACAACAUAGCCAAAAUAUGUGAUUUUGGAUUAGCACGUGUGAUAGAAGAUGAUGAAUAUUGCCCUAAACAAGGCUCUAGAUUUCCUGUUAAGUGGACUGCACCAGAAGCUAUAAUCUAUGGAAAGUUCUCUAUUAAAUCUGAUGUAUGGUCAUAUGGGAUUCUUCUGAUGGAACUUUUCACAUACGGCCAGGUGCCUUAUCCAGGCAUGCAUGGUCGGGAAGUGAUUGAACAUGUGGAAAGAGGUUAUAGAAUGCCCAAUCCCGAUAAUUAUCCCAUCCCUGAAGCUAUCUACAGACUAAUGAGACAGUGUUGGGAUGCUGAUCCAGAGAAAAGGCCAACAUUUGAAUUUUUAAAUCACUAUUUUGAAGACUUUACUGUGACUUCAGAGAUACCUUAUAGGGAAGUGGUAGACUAAUAAGUUUGGUGCAAGUUGCAGAAACUACAUUCACAUGAACACUGUGUGUGUGUGUGUGUGUGUGUGUGUGUGUGUGUGUGUGUGUGUGUUUUGUGAUGAAUGAAAAGUAAUCUGAUUAGUGUGUGUCAUAAUAAUAGUGGAUAAAGAGUAUUGUGCUCAAUGUUUUAUUUGCAAAGUUAUUCUUCUUCAGCUCCUGAAGGAAAUUAGUGUGUUACUAAAGUAGAUGUUACUUGGAUUACAAAGGUUGGACAGUAAUUUGUAAUAAUAUAUUUUAUUCAGAUAACAUACAGUCUACUUUUGUAUACACAGGCCAAUAAUGUUAGGCCAAAUUAAUUGAAAUGAGGGGAAAAAGCAAUGUAUAUACAAGGCUCUUCCAAAGACUUGAUUGAUUUUGAUAAAUACACGUAAAUUAAGCUCUAUAAAUGGCACAAUCUGUGUGUUUCUCAAAGCUCUCUAUAAAUUUUCUAUAAAAUUUUUAAAUAAAUAUGUGGUAUGUGUCACAACCAACAUUCUUUGAGAGGAAUUCUUGCAGAUUUAAGAGACAGCAGUUUUAUUAUUAUAGUUCUAAAAUGCUUAUGAGAGCAUAAUUGAAGAUUAAAUUGUUGGCAAGUAAAAUUUAAUAUCGUGCUCCUAUUGUAUUCACUUUGCAUUUACUACUUGUGUGCUUAGUCAAUUUAGUACUGUGCUGCAUGUAUGUGAUAUUAGUUUUUGUUGUUUGUACAUUGAUGUUUGUGAAAUAUGCUCACAUUAAUAUAUUUAUUAAUUGAUGUGCAAAGUGACUGUGUUAGGGAAAGAAACUCUGUAUGGAAAUAAUUAAAGUUUUGUUCUCUUUUUACAUUUAAAUUCAUGAAUUGUAGUAAGAAAGAACCUCAGGUUAAUCACGUAAUUGUUUUAAAAGUCAUGAGCACAGAUUUGAUUGUUCAUUAACCAGAAAACUGCUCAGAAGGAAUUGACUGGUAGUAUUUUUGCACUUUUCAUAAAACUGUGUAAAUUUGUGUGUAUCAAGCACAAACAGCCACCCCCUCCCCGUUCUUCCAAGUCUUUUGUGAGAACCAUAGUAAGAUUGGGUUAAUACUUAUCGAUAUUUUGCCUUUUUGUACCAUUCUUAAUGUGUUGUCUUUGUUCGUACUUUUUGAGUCAAUAAUAAUAUCUGGUUAGUGUCUGUCAAGGCAUUGUUUCACUUUCUAUAUAUGAUUUUGAAGAUUUUGCAAAUUAAAACUACAAAAUUAUAAAUUUUUAUGAUACAUAUACUCACUAGCAGGCAACACCUUAAUGAUGUCACAGAGUGCAUUAAUAAGGCCACAGGAUGCGAGCAUGUUGCAUAUAUUAAUACGGCAAUAACUGUUGUAUUUUAUCCAUCCUCAGCAAAUGUAGUUGUAUAUAACGAAAUAAUAAGUAACCAGUCACAUAAAAGAAAUUUAAUUUCUUUACUGGUUUCAAGCAAUUAGUGCCCUUCUUCAGAAGGUUAUACCUAUCCUAUUAUUUGCAAGUGUCAUCAAUAAGAUGUAUACAGCAAUAUGCCAUGGUCAUGUGGUUCAUAGUGUCUGUACAAAAUUAAGAUAAAGAAGCGAAUCAACAAGUGCAGACAUCAAGCCAGAACAGGAGCUAAUCAGCUAAUAUUACUAGGCGAGUAACUCCUGUUGUGACUCGAUGUCUGUACUUGUUGUUUCACUUCUUUAUCUUAAUUUUGUACAGACACUAUGAACCACAUGCUGUUUGCAUUUUAUUGUUGGCACUCGCAAAUACUGGGGUAGGUAUAAUCUUCAGAAGAAGAGCACUAAGUACCAGAAUAUGGUCAAGAAAUUAAAUUUCUUUUAUGCAACUGGUUGCGUAUUAUUUCAUUAUCUAGUGAUAACUGAUUGUUCAGUUUUGCAGUGUAAUCAAUUGCAGUGAGUGUACUGAUUUUGUUCACUGUUAUUCUAUUCUAUUAAUAAAUUAUGUUUUUGGAGAUUUUUCACAUCAAAACUUUUUAUUUAUAGCUAUAUUGAACUUGCCGUUCUUGUUAUGUUAUUUAUAAAAAACCAAUUUUUUACUCUUAAGUUUCUUCACUAAAGUUCCUUUGGUGUGUUGUCAACUCAAAAUGUCAAAAUGAUCUCCUUUGCUGAUUUGACAGUAUACAGUUUAUUACAAUUAUCACUGAGAUACAAUUUCCACCCAUUUUGUAAAUGAUCUUGCAUCUGGUACCAAUUGUAUUAGAACGAUGAGGAGCUCCUGACAUUUCUUGUACUUAAUAAGCUGGAAAUAUAUUUUGCAUUUGUUGUUAUCAACAAGAUACUAAAUUAUUUUUGAAACUCAAAUUCUGACAUGUAAAACAUCAUGUAACAAAUUAUAUUUGCUUACUCACUUGAAUUAAGAAAUGCCAUAUUAUAUGUUUGUAUGAAACAUUCUGUUAUUUUAACUACCAUUAAUUAUCAUUGUUGUCUUGCUAUGUUUUGGUUUUUCUUAAAUUUUUUAUGUAUAAAAACGUUUUUUAAAUUUCUUUUUGUUAUAUUCGAGUCCAUCCACAGCCCUCAAGCAUUGAUUAAAAGUCAUGGUCCUUCUGAAGUUGUGUAUUAUCUGAUUAAUAUGCCUUAUUCAUCAUUAUUUGACAGUUUAACCCUAAAAGUCAUUCUAAAGUGUAUCUAGUAAGCGUAACACUAUGAGGACAUGAACAAUGAAGGUUAUGCCGGCCGUUGUAGCCGAGCGGUUCUAGAAGCUUCAGUCUGGAACCAUGCUGCUGCUACGGUCGCAGGUUCGAAUCCUGCCUCGGGCAUGGAUGUGUGUGAUGUCCUUAGGUUAGUUAGGUUUAGGUAGUUCUAAGUUCUAGGGGACUGAUGACCUCAGAUGUUAAGUCCCAUAGUGCUCAGAGCCAUUUGAACCAUUUUUUGAACAAUGAAGAUUAUCAACUUGCAUAGUAACAACCAAGGAAGCUGUCCUGGAACAGAAGAUGUACGAAGACAGAAGGAGAUGGCGAGCACUUGUACACCACACCCGGGAAACUGACAUUGGAUAACAACGAUGAUGAGUAACAACCAACAUGGUUACACAAUCAUUAGUAUACUGAGAGAGAGCUUUUGUCUCUCUUCUUGGUUUACUAAUAACUGUGUACCUAUGUUUACCAUCACUUUGGAUGUAGAUGUUUCUCCCAUUUCGUGUUCUUAUAUAUGUCAGUUGUUAUGUUUGCUAGAUACACUUGAAAAUAAUUAUUAAUUUGAAAUUGGCUAAUAGCUGUGAAUAAAGCAUCUUAUUCAAAUAAUACUGCCUCAUUUGAAGCAGAGUCAAUCUUUUUAUGUUUGUGUGGAAGCUGCACACUUACACGCAAUAUACCAAUACUAAAAUUUGAUGAUGAUGAUGAUGAUGAUACUCAUGCUCAUUAGAGAGAAAGGAGCACAGACUUGAAUACAUGUAUCUAAAAUGCUAUUUAACUGUUCACUUGAUAACUGCCAGCUUUCCAGGGUAACAAUGAGAUAAAACGUGUAGUAGAACAUCAGAGAUUAUAUUUUGAGUAACAUCUUCUGUUAACUACUCAUAAAUUUUGGGAUGUUUUCCCCAUCUGUUCCAUACCCAAUUUUGUUUUCUUUGAACUAUUUUUCAUUUGUAAAUGCUGAUUGCGCACAGUGAUACUUUGUCAUGAUUUAUCAGGUAUAAUUUCUAUUUCAUAAAACAGUCUUGGAAAAUUGAUCAAAAAAAACAUCAAACACCCUAAAAACAUUGUUGCUGCACUUCUUCCCCCAUAUUUUAUUGAUAUGGAAAGGAUAUUGUAUUUUUUAAAGAUAGGUUCCUCAAAAACUGGUACUCAGAUUAAGAAUUACAAUAUUUUCUGUGGUAUUUAAUCAAUUUUCAUAUAGUGGCUUGUUAGAAAGAUGUGAAUUGUUGGAUCAUACAGUGUUAUUGAAUUAUUCAAAUGAAUUAAAAGUAAAGAUUAAUUGGGAAAAUGACAUACCAUAAUAAAAGGUUACCAAGUUAUUUGCACAUUCAUGUCAGAACCAGUGCUGUGAUAUAAUGACCUUAAAUCAUUCACACUUACUGAGUAUGUAAGAAGGUGUACAGUGUUGUAAGUUCAUCAAAUUUACACUGUUGAAAAUCUUGAAUUGGUGGAAACCUAUUGGUUAAUUUGAGCAGUAAUUUAUCACAGGCAAAAUUUAUAUGCUCCUUAAUGUUUGAAAUCUCAUUUGCAUAGGUCUCAAGCCACUGGAUGAGCAUGUGGUUAAAUAUUUGCACAGGCUUGAUGUAACUAUAGUCUAUGCAACAAUUGUGUAUUGGGGAAUUGUUAAUCUCAUUUUUGGAGUUGAGACUCAGGCAAUUACAGUAAUACUUGUGUGUUAAUUACAGUAAUACUUGUGUGUUUAAAAUAUGUGCAAAAUUCUCAUCAUUUACAUUCUCAAAUGCCUGAGAAAAAGAACGCUCAAAGGAACAUGUUUAUAAAUUAUACCUCUCUAAUAACUUCUGUGCCUUUCAGUAAAUGGAAAAUACAAAUGAAUUCCCUGUAAAUAGUUGGAAAAUUGCUUUUGAAUUUUGAAAUACAGUGUGUAAAUGUGAUUAAAGACAAAUAACAAGAAUUUCAUGAAUCCAUUUACAACUUAAUCAUUUGUUAUGAACAACAAAAUUGUAUUUACAUUUGAUUUUCCCAAUUCUUGUGCAUCUCUUUCUCAAAUGCUGAGGUUUAGAUAAUUAUGUAAACCAGUCUGUAGAGAUGAUCUUUAGGUAGAGAUUUUGUGGACCAGUUGUGUGCCCUUUAAGGUGGAGAGUUUUAGCUCUUCUUUGGGCAAUUUUGGAAUAUUAGUAACAUGGUACUCAUUGUUAGUAACUAAACUUUAUAAAAAUACUUGCUUUGGUACUAUUCUGAAAAUUGCUUUAGUUCAAAAAUAUAGUCUCAGAGUGUAGCAUACAAAUUUAUUUUUCUUGUUUAUUUGGCAUGUCAAGUGCACCCAGUUAUUUUCAGAGUUUGUACAUUACUUUACAUACAUGGAAAUAGUCUGGUAGCAUAUCUACAUCUACAUCUACAUUCAUACUCUUCAAUCCGCCAUACGGUGCGUGGAGGAGGGUACCUCGUACCGCAACUAGCAUCUUCUCUCCCUGUUCCACUCCCAAACAGAACGAGGGAAA